GGCGAGUCCCUGCUGAUCCACGGCGGCUUCUGCAUGGAGUCCGCCGACAUCGCCACCAGGGACAACAGCGGGCAGCUGCUGAAGUCUUGCUACCUCAACGACAUCCGUGUUCUCGACACUGGCCGCAUGCAGUGGUCGCGACUGCGGACACAUGGAAGCCCGCCAACCGGCCGGUUCGGUCACGCCUUCGUGCUCUCGGAGGACGACGCGGUGCUCUUCGGCGGCUGGGGCGGAGCGCCCCGGGACACCCUCGGCCUGGGGGCCUCCGCCAAGGGGCGCACGGCGAGGCCCGACGGCCAGAACCCCGGCGGCGAGGAGGAGACGUGCGAUUAUUGCAUGACGCUUCGGACAUCGGACAUGACGUGGGUACAGAACCGGUACUGCGGGCUGCCCGCCUCCUCGCGGUACGGCCACUCGGCGACGGCCAUCGGCCCCCACCUCAUCAUCUUCGGCGGCUGGGACGGGGGCAAGGCCCUGAACGACGUGGUCGUGCUCCGGGACCGCUCGGUGGCCGACCAGGCCGGGGACGACGACUUCUUCGAGCUCGAGGGUGGGCAGGCGACGGUCGGCAUGGACCUGGCGGAGGUGGCCGGCCUGGUGGACGACGAGGGCGACGGCGCGGGGGGCUUCCCCUGAGCAACCCUACCCGGCCCGCUUCCUCUUCCUCCUUCUCCUUCUUCUCCUCUUCCUCUUCC